AGUAACAUAACCCAACCAAGAGUCACAAGUUGGCGGGGAAUUUUCGCCUUUCAGGUACGAGGGGUGCCACAUUUCUAUGUUGAUCAAGUAAACAAACGGCAACGUUUGUCUGUCUUGAGACGCCCGAAUCAAAAAGGCCGUUGUGAACAACUUUUGCGUCACUAAGAUCCCCUCAAAAGAACAAAAACUGUCAAUAAAAGCGCUGAAUGAUUCGCCACAUGUAAUCAGUUUUAGAUCUUAUCUAGUUGGUGCAGUUUCUACAUCCAAAGGCCCAAAAUGAGUUACCUUUCGUUUAUGUUUUUCCUUGUGAGUCUUUUCCUAUAUGCUCUGGUGGCUCAAACAGCCCAAGCCAAGACCCUACCAAAUGUAGUAGAACCAUCAUCGAAUCAUGUUUUGUCCAAGAGAGAGCCCUAUUACAACAAUGGCUAUUACAACAACUACCCGAACAACAACUACAAUCAUCACCACAAUUCCCAUCAUCGACCUUGUGGCCCUUUUCGUCGACGAGCAUGUCACCCUGGAUUAAGAGCGGCCACCGUGAUUGGAACAGCUGCUUUUGGCGGUGCGCUCAUUGGAUCCGGUUUAAGAGGCAAGAAAUGAGAAGAAGUGCAUACUCGAGUUAUCAUGGUCUCCAAUGUGUUUGAAUGUCAGAGAGUUUGUCUCUGGAGUAAUAUAUUCUCUUUUUGGAUGAAUAAUCAACAUGAAUAACAAAGAUGGCUGACUAAAACUUAAA